CCGCUCUCUCUGUCUGUCUUAGUAUAAACAAAGAUGGCAGAUUUCGAUGCCAUCAACACUAUCGAGAGGGAUGAAGAGGAUAAUUCUUCCUCCUCCUUGGAAUCUUACACACAGACCCCCGAGCCAGUUAUUAUAAGAGGAGCGGGCAACAUUACUGUGUUCGGCCUAAGUAACCGCUUUUGUCGAGAUUUCCCAAGUGCGUUGACUGGCAGAUUAGCUCCAGAAGAAUUUACAGGCUCGGUUGGCCGUGUAAACACUGUUCUCAGGAAGACGCUACCAGUAUCUGCUCGGUGGCUUCUCUGUGGCUGCUGUUUCUGCUUGUGUACCUGUGGUUGCUCUCUCUGGCCAGUAAUUUGUCUUAGUAAAAGGACUCGAAAUGCAAUAGAAAAGACUUUAGAAGCAGAAAAUACCAACCUGUAUCACAAACUUGGUCUACACUGGCGGCUCUCAAGACAACGCUGUGACAAUUCUUCACUUAUGGAAUAUGUUUUGGUGAUAGAAGUUAUUCCCAAAAAAGAUAUACUGCGACCUGACUGACGGAACAGGUUGGCCUCGUCCCCAGAACUUUUCUCAGAGGUCAAGGGGAGGCUAUCACUUGUGAUUUGUCAUAGGACAUCGGAUUUGGCAGAAUGGCAAGAGUUGCUGCCAUUAUCCUCGACAGUCACAUUAUUGAUCAGUAAUUGGUGUGGCACACACUCUAUGCUUUGGCAUUUGUCUAAUUUCACACACUUUACUGGUUUCAUUGAGUCAUAAAGGUAUAAUUUCUAAUGUUUUCACAAUAUUAUUGCAUACACAAUGUACAUGAUAUUCCACUUUGUAUAUAGAAGGCUCUGGAGGCACAUUUUCGUUUUUUUUUUAUAUAAUGUAUGAUGAAAGGUAUCUGAGCUCUCAUUUUCUUGUCAGUUUUGCCAUAUUCAUGGUUUAAGUACAAUACUCUAGUACAUUUCUACCUUAUGGCAAUAAGUGACCAGAGAGAACAGAUGGUUCACACAAAACACAAGUUACUGUAGAAUUUAGCAUUGUAUGUUUAAAAGUCAUUUUAAGGUGCUGUCAUUAUAACAUAUAUGGUUGCAAUUUACUACAUUUAAUUUUCUAUUUGUAUUAUGUACCACAUAAGUAUAUCUGUAACACGGGUGGACCUUUGGUCAAUCACUGUAUAGGCAUCAUUUUUUUAUUCGUAGUAAGAUAUUGACAUAUAUAUUUAGACAGACAUUAAACAUGAAUUUCUCCAUUAUAUAUACCAUGCAAUGAUAUCAUGUUCUACCUUCAUGUGUAAAGAGAAACAAUUUCCUUCGUAGACCACGCUACUAGACAACUUCUACUGUACAGCAGGUAUCUGUGGAAAAAAAAAUUUCACACAUGUAUUUCCUCACUGCCUUUCCAGUUAACUUUGUCUUUUGUUAACAUGAAUUACUUCACUCUAACAUCCAAUUUCUAAUAAUUCUCUUCACAUGUUUGUACAUUUUCUUUGUUUGCAGCUCUUCACUGUAUCAUUUUUUAUUCAGAUUUCUACAUUACUUACUGUACUCAUUCAUCUCUGAUUAAAAAAAAAAAGCCUUAGCUGUGUACCCUCUCCAGGAUACACAUACUUGAAUGCUAAACUUGUUUCACUAGUAAACCAGUGUAAAUUUUCAUGUCUUGGCCUGCUAGUGAGUUACUUUAUCCUUCAUUACUCUUUGAUAAUUUGCUUGCAGUUAAAAUUUGAUACUUUCUUUGCCAAAAGGGUCAUCUCAAAUAUUUACUCUUCUUUGUUAAUGUAUAAAGGGAGUUCAUUUAAAAGUGCUUUUUGUGGAUAUUAUUUACCACCUUUUAUGUGGUAAUUAGUUUUUAUUUUAAAAAUUCUUCAUUUUUACAUUUUGAAUCCAUUUCUUGUGUUUUUAAUUUUUCACUUUUCAUAAUUUUUCCUACUUAUUCUUCAGCAAAGCCAGGGUAACAAAGCAUUCAUGCCUUAAAUACAUGUAGACCAGUUACUUGAUGUAUUUAUGCUUCGAGGUUCUACUCUCAUUAGUCUUGGCACAAGCCUUUAAAUACCCCUUUAUUAUAUUUAUCUCACUUGCUCCCAGAAUGUGUUCUGCUGUUAUUUGCUGUGAAUUGUCAUGCAUUAUGUCUAUUAAUUCUACACCCUUUGAAAUAAAAGAAUAAAUAAAAAUGUGCUGUAAUCACUGAUUUAUGUUUACAGUGGUUCUCUCUCAACUCCUGACCCUGCUUCUUAUGUUCCCUUGACAUGUAUUACUGACAUAUUGCCUCUUGGAUUUUAACAUGCCUUCUAUCAGAACUGUGUAUUUAAUUUGUCACUACCAUUUCCUUGUUCAACUCAUUCCACUUUUCUACAGCCUAAGACUAAAAAAAAAAAAAUUCCUAACUGUGUGCGUAUGUAUGCAUGUAUGUAUCUAAACACAAGUGUGAUGAGCACUGAUUAGUGGCUCAAACUUAUUUACAUGGUGACAAGCAAAAUAAGAAGAGAACUGUACAUCUCGCACACAAAUUAAGGCUGCACACCGUACCUUAGAUAAUGUUUGUAUACAAAGGAAGGUCAUACAAGUUGGUUUCGUGACCUGCCUUUGUAUAAGCUAUAUCUCAGUAUACUUUGCUGAAGAGGGCCUCAGUGUGAAUAUAACAUAUACGGUUCCAGUCUUAUUAUCUGCUUUAUUGUGUGGGUUUGUUAGUGCCAUACAUAUAAUACAAGAUGAUUAAAUUAUACGUAUCAGUAUAAUCAGUCACCUAGUAGAAAAGUGUCUUUAUCUUUAGUGAAGAUUUAUUAAGAGUAUGUAUGAGAAGUGCUACAAAAGUUUGAGUCAGUGAGGUUGUAAAGCUCAGUUUAUAUAUUGGUUUUCUUUACCCAAGCAUAUUGCUACAGGUAAAUGUUUUUUAAAUCAUAGAAAAAUCUCGCUUAAGAUUUUUGCUAAACAUAUUUGAUGCACCACAAUGUUCACAAACUACCGAUGAAAGAUAAUUUUUUUUACGUAGUUAGUUAAAUGGUUAUAGCAAAGCAUUUUAUAUCUGGUCAUCUAAAGUGCAAUUGCAUCAUGCCUUCUGCAUCUGUUUUCUCAUGGAUAUAUGCUUGGAUGCUGUGUUCACUAAGCAUUAUAUGUUAGGAAUAAUUUUUUGCACAGUACAUAUAUAUUACUCAUUGACUGUAAAUAAAAUUCAGGUGUAAAUGAAUGCUUGUGAAGAAAAUAUAUAAAAUUGCCGAUUGCUUGUGAUUGAAAUACAUGAAUUACUGCUGAAGAGCCAGUCACUGAGGGCAAAGGGCAACUGAGUUAAUAUUUGCAAAACAUUAUUGACCCAUUAACAUUAGGGUGCACCUGUCUGAUAACUCGUCUUAUAUUAACCAUUUUCAGGAUACUUUCUUUACUCUCUCAUGGUUUGAGUGACGUUUCUAAAAUGUAUCAUUACCGAUCUUGUUGAAAUAAUGCUCUGCAGUAUAUCUUGGGCAUAAGAUGGUAAAUUCUCUAACAUUGUAAUGGUACUGUAGUAGGUUGCUAAAACUGUGUAUGAAUUUUGACUUGUUUGUUGCUAUUGCUGUAUUAGGCAGGCUGACACUGGUUGUCUAUUUAUGCAUUGCUGUGGAGAAAAUGUUAAUAACCUUAUGACUUAAUUUGAUAAAUUUACAUGUGGCAUUUAUGCUGCAGUAGUAUGUAUAGUGUGCACACGGUUGAACUUGUCACCAUCCUUCAGAAAUGCUAGCUAGCUCAUUGCUUGCCAUUGUACUUUAAUAUGUCCUUUUAUUUGUAUAUUCUGUUUUUUUUUUAUUUUUUUUAGCUCAUACUACCCAUAACCCUCUGUAUUUUUACAUGCACUACUCUAUUUAGAUGUUUGUUUUAGUGCAAGCAAAUGGUGCCUGCUUUACAAAUGUGAUAGCUUAACCAUUAUGCAGAAAUUUUUAGGGUCUGUGCCAUCCUGCUGUGAUUGCAGGAAAUUGUAUAUGACAUGAUAGUCUAAGUACAGUACAUAUAGAUGGGUAAUUAGUACAUAAUUGACUUUGUUUCAGUCAUUCAUUACCAAAUAAAAAUCACUCAAUUUAAUAGUACAAUAUAAGUACAGCAUGUAAGUAGAUUGAAAGCCAUCCUGUACACUUUAUGUGGAAAAUAAAGUUGGGUCUAUUGCAAUUUUUUAAUUAAUAGGGUGAAAAGUUAUCUAAAAAAUUCAGAACAUCUGUAAAUAUUAUGUAUUGAAACUGCAGUGUUAGUUUUGUGAUAUACAAGAAGAUUUAAGAAUCAAUAGCAAUUGAAUAAAAAGUGAAAAAUAAAA